ACGCGGGUCGCCGAGAUCUACGAGGAGGAGCUGCGCGAGCUGCGGCGCCAGGUGGAGGUGCUCACCAACCAGCGCUCCCGCGUCGACCUGGAGCGCGACAACCUGCUGGACGACCUGCAGCGGCUCAAGGCCAAGCUGCAAGAGGAGAUUCAACUGAGAGAAGAAGCAGAGAACAACUUGGCUGCCUUCCGAUCGGAUGUGGAUGCCGCCACUCUAGCUCGAAUUGACCUGGAGCGCAGGAUCGAAUCUCUCAAUGAGGAAAUCGCAUUCCUUAAGAAAGUGCACGAAGAGGAGAUCCGAGAGCUACAGGCCCAGCUUCAAGAACAGCAGGUCCAUGUGGAGAUGGACAUGACCAAGCCGGACCUCACUGCUGCCCUCAGGGACAUCCGGGCCCAGUAUGAGACCAUUGCAGCUAAGAACAUCUCUGAAGCUGAGGAGUGGUACAAGUCGAAGGUGUCCGACCUGACCCAGGCAGCCAACAAGAACAAUGAUGCACUGCGCCAGGCCAAGCAGGAGAUGAUGGAAUACCGGCACCAGAUCCAGUCCUAUACCUGCGAGAUCGAUGCUCUCAAAGGCACUAAUGAUUCCCUGAUGAGGCAGAUGCGGGAGAUGGAGGAUCGCUUUACUAGCGAGGCCAGCGGCUACCAGGACAGCAUCGCUCGCUUAGAGGAAGAGAUCCGUCACCUCAAGGAUGAGAUGGCCCGCCACCUCCGAGAAUACCAAGACCUGCUCAAUGUCAAGAUGGCCCUGGAUGUGGAGAUCGCCACCUACCGGAAGCUGCUGGAGGGCGAGGAGAGCCGGAUCAACCUCCCUAUCCAGACCUUCUCUGCCCUCAACUUUCGAGAAACAAGCCCUGAACAAAGGGGUUCCGAAGUCCAUACCAAGAAGACAGUGAUGAUCAAGACCAUUGAGACUCGUGACGGGGAGGUCGUCAGCGAGGCCACACAGCAGCAGCACGAGGUGCUUUAAAGCCAGAGACCCCUCUGCCACCAGAGACCGUCCUUGCCCCUGUCCUCACUGCCUCCCGAAGCCAGCCUCCUUCCAUCGAAGGGCACCACACCCAGCCACCGUCUCCCCUCACAGCCUCUGACCCUUGCUCACCAACCCCCCUCAUGGUCCCCACAGGGGACAUGGCCCAUCCCUGCCCGGCACAGGGAGCCCCCAGCAGUGUGAGUCCUGGAUGUUGGACGUGAGCGAGCCUGGCUCUUGGCCGCCCAUGGGUGUGCUGGGCAGGGCCUGAAUGGAGCCAAAGCAGAGCAGUGACCCUGCCCCUCCCACCUCUGUGACCUCAGGCUCUAGCCUCUGGCUUUGGAGAGGGCCCCUCACCCCAGCAGGGUGUUGGGACCCAUGGGGUGGACCUCUCCACUCCCCAGCCCAGGUCAGAGAAAGAAAGGGCCUCCUCAGUAAGCCCGGCAGGCAACUGGGGGAUUGGUCCCUGUGGAGACUGGGGGGCACUAAAUUAGCUCCAUAGUCCCUUAUGUUCCCAGGGUAGGCUUAGCAAGCAGGGGCUGCAAGAGGGAACCCCCGAAGGUGCCAGAUGUGGGAGCAGGAGAUUCAGAAGGAGUGAGGGUGGGCGAGAUGCUGAGAGGAAAGGAGAGGACAGAGGCAGAGCGGUCUCAGGCAAGGUGGCAGGGCGCCCACCUCCCUGUGCCUGCCCCUCCCCCACUGCAGGGGCUGGACAGAAACAAUAAAAAGAGAAGCACAAGCCUA